UCGUCAGUAUUUCCUUAGACAUCAGUAAUUUUUGAAACCUAUAAGGAAAAGUUUUAAUUAGAGAAGAUGAAAUAUUUGGGAUUUUUGGUGAUAGCGGUUAUUUUUUCAGCUGUCAGUUGUCAAGAACUUUAUUCAGAUAAAUAUGAUAAUUUGAAUGUUGAUGAAGCGCUGGCUAAUACCGAAGUAAGACAGACUUAUUUUAAUUGUUUUAUGGAUAAAGGACCGUGUGCAGAAGACGCGACUUAUUGGAAAGGUAAUUUUCCCGAAGCGAUAGCGACAAAUUGCCAAAAAUGCACCGAGUGGCAGAAAGAAGCAUUUAACAAAAUCGCCGACUGGUACACCACCCACGAGCCAGACAACUGGAAUUCGUUCGUCGACAAAAUGCUACAAGAUGCCAAAGCCAAAAACUCCUAAGAUAGCAGGAAAUGAUUAGCAAAUCUAUCACUCACCAAUUAGUUACUAAUACCAAUAAUAAUUUUAAAUUUUCUGUAUAUUGAAUUUGUCACUGUAUCAAUAAAUCUCUCAAAAAAAACUCACGA